AUGGGCGGACACUACUGGUGCAAGGGCGCCCACGCAGGGAUACAGACCUCGAUAUACUGUGUUAAGAUGGUGGGAGGCGGGGGCGGUCCGGGCGCAUGGGCGGCCGGCGGAGGGCUGGCCGUGACCUUCAUGGCUGUGGGCGGGGCUGUGGGCGCCAUCCUGCUGGUGGUGGUGGGCGUGUGGGCGGCCAGACGAUGGGCUGGACGCAAGAACUCGGAGGAACGCCAACAGAUCCUGCUCUGGCCAGGGGCGGGAGCGCAGCCCUGUAGUUUCCAGACGAGGGAGAUUCGGUUCACGCUUCCUCCGAGCAUGGCGCCCCUCGCAGCCGCCGCCAGCGAGCACGAGAACCAGCCUGACGGAGGGGGUGAUGGUCCCGCGCCUCACUCCGGGGUCACCUCGCUCAGCGGAUUUAUAUCUUUGAAAACCCUUACCAGGACCUAUGGAAACAUAAAAGAGGCAGAUUACUUAUUUAAAUUCUUAUCGCAAUAUGAGUAUAGUAAAAAAUCUCAGCAUCCUUCAGAGAAUUCAUCUAUUGCUUAA